GAAGGUAAUGCAGACUGAGUCUUCCAUCACUCUGGAAUGAGGACAUCAUGGUGCCCAUCUUUAAAAACGGUCUACGUAAUGCAUGUGACAAUCAUCGAGGUAUUUGUCUGUUACCAGUCAUGUUGGAAAUAUUGGCUGCUAUUAUACUUCACAGACUUUGCAAAGCGCAUGAGAAAAAGAUUCACAAGGAGCAGACAGGGUUUAUUUCAUGUCAUGUGAAUGAAUUAAACAUGUGUUUACCCCCCACCAGAUGCUUGGACAUCGCCAGACGUACUGUAGGUCGAAAAUUGUUACACUUCUUGACAUUCGUUGGACAGAGCUGUACUCUGGAAUUGUCUAUUAGACAAGGGAGUGGCUGAGAGAUUUAUUAACAUCCUCAAAGCCCAAUAUAAUAACGCCUUCAGUAGGUGGUAGAUAUACAACAACCC